AUGCGAUUCGCUGUCUUAUCCACCAUCUACAUCAUAGCUGGUCAACUCGCCGCCGGCGCCGCAGUCCCGGAAAGACGUGAUAUCGUGCUCGAGACGAUCAUUCACGACGAAUCUCAUGAAGCUACCGACCACUAUGUCCCUGAUAACGUGUUACAGAAGGGUGAUCACGGGCUAAAUGCCAAGGUCAUGGCCAUUCGUGUCUACCCGGCCAAUGCUGCAGUGGUUAUCACUGCUACGCCAUCAUCUUCGGCGCCGGCGGAUGGUGCUGGUAAACCAAUAGCAACACCGUUCAGCGGGUCUUGGCCUACUAGAACGUGGAAAUGGUAUAGGGACAUCUCUAAUGUAGUUUACGGAUUUCUCAACGAGGGAGAAUCUAGAUCAACCAAACAAUCAUUCAAUUAG